GUCCUUUCCGUCUUCUUUUUUUUUUUUUUUUCCCUUUUUCCUUUUUUUUCUAUUUUCUUUUUUUUGUUUUACUGUUGACUAUCAUUAUACAAUGUCUUCUCAAAAUAGUAUCUUUCGACAACAGCAACACUUAUAUCGUUCUUCACAUUAUUUAACUCCUGUAAAACAACCUACCUUUUACAUCCCUCCUUCUCCAAGCAAUACUCACUCUGCCAAAGGUCGAAAAAGGAGAGCUUCGGAAGAUGAAGAAAUGACUAUAGCUGACGUACUUGUGGAUCAUUCUUCUACUAAUAUCAAUACCAACGUCACUUUAACUACAAGCACAGAUAGACAUAAAGAAGUUGGAGAUAUCCGUCGUAUUAUCAAACGAAAUCGAACCGGUAUAGAGAAACAAUUCCCUAUUAGCAAACUUUUAGCCACAUUGGAAAAGGAUAAGCUUAUCGAAUUGAUCAAUGAUCUUGUUGAUGCUAAUCCUCACCUACAACCUGAAAUAGAUGCUCAUUUACCCCAACCUACUACUCAAUCUGUAUCAAUACUUAUCAACAAAUUGGAAACAAAAUUAGGUGAAAGCUAUCCUUUACAUAAAUCUGGAAAAGGUCGGGAUGAUUAUAGUUUCCAUCGUGUCAAACCUGCUCUCAUGGAAGUAGUACAUUCUUUGAUAGAAUACGCCGAUCAUUUUACUUCUAGUAAUGAACAUCCAACAACCAUCUUCUCUUAUCUUCACUAUGCAACAUGCACUGCUCAUCGGUUACCAACAUGGGAUAAUGAAGUUAAUAAUCAAUACAAACGGGAUCUUUAUGAUGAAUUAUUACAAAGAUGGGAAAAGGCGGUGGAACUUGCUGGUGCAGAAUUAGAACAAGGGAAAAUCUUUGGACAUCAAGUAGUGACUGAAUGGGCUAAACAGAUUGCUUAUCAUGAUGCAGAAACUCAUGAUUUAUUCGGUAAAGUGAAACAACGCUUCAUAGAUCGAUUAGGCUGGGUUAUCGGUAUGGACAAUGGUCCUUCUUCCACUUCUUCUUCCUCCUCUUCUACUUCAAAGUGGUGAUUUUUAUGCAACUCUUAACUAAUCUCUCAAUUGUUAUCAUUAUAUAUCAAUCAUCCCCAUUUUUUUAACUAUUGAAAUAAUAUAUAUUCCAUUUUUAUUAGUUAUCAUUCAUUGUACAUAUCUAUCUUUUUUUUUUCUCAUUCCCCAAAUUGAAAACGAAUAAAAAUGCCCUUUUCUGACAACUC